GUUGCCGCGGUGCGGGCAGUUACUGCGGGCCCUGCAGCCGCCGACCCCGCCAUGCAGCGCACCUACAGCUACUGCAGCCGCCCGCAGCCGCCGCCCGCCCGCCCUAAGUACCGAGCGACGCCGCACGACACCGCUCCCACCAUCUACAACAGGAGAGUGGUGCGCGGCAACACUUAUGCCCUUCAUGUCCUUCCUGCGAGUACCCAACCCAAACCCUUUGAGAUUCAAAGGCAGACGGAAGCAUGGAGAAGAUUACUGACUAGGAAGUGUGCAGAAGAGCACAUACGCUCAAGAACACCUGAGCCUGUGAAAGGCAGGGAGCAUGUUCACGUGCAGACAGAACUGUACUUGGAAGAGAUUAGUGACCAGAUAAUAGAGGUUGAUAGAGAGUGUCAAACAGAUGCAUUUUUGGACAGACCACCCACACCACUCUUCAUACCAGCCAAAACGGGAAGAGAUGUGGCCACACAGAUAGAAGAAGGAGAGCUGUUUGACUUUGACGUUGAAGUCAAGCCGAUGCUGGAAGUAUUGAUUGGGAAAACGAUUGAGCAAGCUUUGCUGGAAGUGAUGGAGGAAGAAGAGCUGGCCCAGCUGCGGGCACGUCAGCGUGCGUAUGCAGAGCUGCGUAAUGCAGAGCUCGCUGAAGUACAGCGCCUGGAAGAGCAGGACAGACGAUACAGAGAGGAGAAGGAACGUCGCAUACGCCAGCACAUGCAAAUGCUGCAGAAACAGAAAGAGACGACAGAGAAAAUUGCAGCUCGAGCAUUCACUCAGCAUUACCUGGCUGAUCUCAUUCCUUCAGUCUUCAACAAUCUUCGUGAGAGUGGCUUUUUUUAUGAUCCUAUUGAAAGAGAUAUUGAGACAGAAUUCCUUCCAUGGCUGAUGACAGAAGUGGAAGAAACACUAGAGAGGAAGGUUCUGGCGAGGGCAGUGCUUGACUCCUUGAUUUGUACAGUGGUUGAAAAACGCUUAGGUGCAUUUAGCCGUAAACCCCUGUCUGGUCAGACAGAGGCACCUGCUGAGGAGCCAAGGCCAAUGCAUGCAGCACCCAAGGAAGCUGGUGAAACAGAUUCUGCUGACCAACCGGUCACAGAGAAAGAAGAAGCUGACCAACCUGUUGCUGAGGAACAGUCUUCAAGUCACAUCUCUUUACAGUUAGAAGAAUUAGAUCAAGCAGGAACAGAGGAUUUGGAAACUGAGUCAAGUCAUCAAGUAAAUGGAGAUUAAUGGCUUAGCUGAAAGAAGAAAGAAAUUCCUGUGUAUAUACAAUUAUUGAACCUUAGCCAUGCUGAAGGAUGAACCUAAGCAACAGUAAAGCAUUAAAGUGUGUUUUCCAUAUGCUGACAUUACUGAUUUCAGGUUGAAAGAAUCAAGAGAAAGGUUACUAGUGCAAUGAACGGCAGUGAAAUUCUAUCCCCUUCUACACAAUCCAAUCCAUCAAAAACCUGGGACGUUUGCAGUUGAAAAAUAAAGCUGUCCCACACCCCAUCCUAGAAGGUCAUGAGAAGGACAUUGAGAGAAUCCUAAUGACCUUUGCAAGUGCUUUGAUUAGUUUCUCAGGACAGAAUCUCCUCGCUUUCCCUGUUUUGAAAGGUAGCUGCACUUAGAUAAAUUUCUUUCACUCACAUUAAGUCUCUCCUUUCCUGACAAAUUGGGAUGGGCAUCUAAGCAGGUAAUAGAACAAAGCCUGUUGUCUCUGAAGCUCUCCAGGUUCAAAGAGUUAUUUGCCACUGGGAAUUUCUGCCAGCGUAAAAUCCUCCUCUGCCUCCUGACUCCUGGAUCUGGCCUACACAACUCUAGGCCUGCUGACAAAGGAUGGGGUACACCUCUCGCCAAGGGGCAAAAGGAUGCUUACCAAGAAGUUAGCAGGGCUAAGCAAUAGAGCUUUAAACUAGAUGUGAAGGGGGAGAGGGACAAAACCAGGCUUGAUAGAAAAAAGCCUAGGAAUGGCACUGCAGUGUCUGAGAGAUGGUGUGCUAGCAAGGCCCUUUGGUCUGUGCCCUGAGAGGAUGUCGGGGAUAGCACUCCAAGUGGGAGGAAAGAUGCAAAGGUUACUGAUUGGUUAGAAAUGACAGCUAGUAGUCACUUAGGAAUUAAGACUAUUCCCCUCAGGAGUGUGGCGGGAUCAGUAGCCCAACUGAAGUGCAUGUACACCAAUUGACACAGCAUGAGCAACCAACAGGGCUAACUAGAAGUCAUUGUACAGCAAGAAAACUAUGACAUAAUUGCCAUCACAGAAACCUCGUGGCACAGCUCAUAUAACUGGAAAGCUGCUGGUUGGCUAUAAACUCUUCAGGCAGGAUAGGCAGGGAAGGAGGGGCAGUGGGGUAGCCCUCUAUGUUAGAGAGUGUUUUGAUUGCCUUAAGCUCAACGGUGGUGGUGAUAGGGUUAAUGUCUAUGGGUAAAAAUCAAUGGGAUGCCCAAUAAAACAGGUAUUGUGGUGGGAGUCUGCUAUAGACCACCUAGCCAGGAAGAAGAGACUGAUGGGAUAUUUCGCAAGCAGCUGGGAGAAGUCUCACGAUUGCUUGUCCUUGUUCUUGUUGAAGACUUCAACUUGCCAGAUGUCUGCUGCAAGUAUAAUGCAGUAGAAAGAAACAAUCUGGGAGGUUCCUGGACUGUGUGGAAGACAAUUUCCUGACACAACUGGUGAAUGAACCAACUAGGCAAGGUGCUCCUCUGGACCUGUUGCUUGUGAACAGAGAAAGCCUUAUGGGAGCUGUGAUGGUUGGAAGACACCUGGGGCACAAUGAUCAUGAGAUAAUAGAAUUCUCAGUUCUAGGAGAAGAACUGACUAGUAAACCUCUAGUAAGGAGGGGGGUCAGCAGAACGGCCACCUUGGACUUCCAGAGGGCAGGCUUUGGACUAUUUAGAAGGUUGGUUGAUAAAGUUCCUUGUGAGGCAGUCCUAAAGUCCUAGAGGGCUGGCCACUUUUCAAGAAGGAAAUCCUGGUGACGCAAGAACAAGUCAUCCCCGUGUGCCAAAAAAUGAGCUGGCAGGGAAGAAAACCAGCUUGGCUGAGCAGAGAGCUUUGGGUGGAUCUCGGAAAAAAAAGAGGAAGUUAUAUGAGCUUUGGAAGAAGGGGCAGGCAUCUCAGGAAGUCUACAAGGAUGAAGUGAGAUCAUGCAGAGAGAAAAUCAGAAGGUCUAAAGCCCAGCUAGAACUUAUAUUGGCCAAUUCUGUGAAAGAUAAUAGAAAAUGUUUCUACAAAUAUAUUAACAACAAAAGGAGAGUCAAGGAGAAUCUCCAAACAAUAGUGACAGGAUGAGGGUAAGACUGAGAUACUUAAUGAUUUCUUUGCUUCAGUCUUUAAUAGUAAGAUAAGGUGUUCUCUGGCUACUCAGCCUCCUGAACCAGAAGACAGGGAGAAGGAGCAGAACAAAGCUCCAAUGAUCCAAGAGGAAAUGGCUGAAGAUCUGCUCAGCCAAUUAGACAUUCACAAGUCCAUGGGCCCAGAUGGGUAUUUAGGGAGCUGGCAGAGGUGUUCACCAAACCCUUUUCCAUCAUCUACUAGCAGUCCUGGCUGACUGGGGAAGUUCCACUUAACUGGAGUUUGGCAAAUGUUAUGCCCAUAUACAAGAAGGGUCGGAGGGAGGAUCCAGGUAAGGAUCCUGUCAGUCUGACACCAGGGUUGGGGAAGAUCAUGGAACAGGUCAACUUGAGUGCUAGUACAACACACACAAGACAGCCCGGUGAUCAGGCCCAGUCAGCAUGGGUUUAUGAAAGGCAGGUCCUGUCAAAUUAACCUGAUCUCCUUCUAUGACAAGGUUACCCACUUAAUGGAUGAGGGAAAGGCUGUGGAUAUAGUAUACCUAGACGGUAGUGAAGCCUUUGACACCAUUUCUCACAAUAUUCUAUUUGAGAAACUGGCUUCCACUGGCCUUGACAGGCGCACCAUCUGCUGGGUAAAAAACCUGGUUGGCUGGCCAGGCCCAAAGAGUAAUGGUAAAUGGAGUUAAAUCCAGCUGGAGGCCAAUCACAAGUUGUAAGCUUAGUGUUGGGUUCAGUUCUGUUCAACAUCUUUAUCAAUGACCUGGAUGAAGGGAUUAAGUGCACCCUUACUAAGUACGUGGAUGACACUAAGCUAGGAGGAAGUGUUGAUCUGUUGGAGGGUAGGGAGGCUCUGCAAAGGGACAGGCUGAACAGGCUGGACCGAUGGGCUGAGACCAGUGGUAUGAGGUUCAACAUGGCCAAGUGCUGAGUCCUGCACUCAGGACACAACAACCCCGUGCAGUGCUACAGACUAGUGGAAGAGUGGCUGGAAAGCUGCCUGGCAGAGAAAGACCUGGGGGUGUCAGUUGACAGGGAGCUGCCUGUUUAACAUGAGCCAGCAGUGUGCCCAGGUGGCCAAGAAGGCCAGUGUCAUCUUGGCUUGUAUCAGAAACAGCGUGGCCAGCAGGACCAGGGAAGUGAUUCUGCCCUGAACUCAGCACUGGUGAUACCACACCUCAAAUACUGUGUUCAGUUUUGGGUCCCGCACUACAAGAAAGACAUUGAGGUGCUGGAGUGCAUCCGGAGAACGGCAACAAAGGUGGUGAAGGGGAGGAAGAACAAGUCCCAGAAGGAGCGGCUGAAGGAACUGCCAUUGUUCAGCCUGGAGAAGAGGAGGCUGAGGGGAGACCUUAUUGCUCUCUACAACUACCUGAAAGGAGGUUGUAGUGAGGUGGGUGUUGGUCUCUCUUCUCCCAGGUGACAGGCAAUAGGACGAGAGGGAAUGGUCUCAAGUUGUGCCAAGGGAGGUUCAGAUUAGAUAUCAGGAAAAAUUUCUUCACCGAAAGGGUUAUUGGGCUGCCCAGGGAGGUGGUUGAGUCACCAUCCCUGCAUAUUUAAAAGACCGGUAGAUGAAAUGCUCAGGGAUAUGGUUUAGUAGUGGACAAGUAUGGUUGGACUCGAUGAUCUCAAAGGUCUUUUCCAGCCAAGCUAUUCUAUGAUUCUAUGAUUGACAAAAUCAGCCUGUACAGCUGCAUGUAUCUGUCUGUUUUCCAGCCAACUCCACAAGUGGGGCAUUCCCCCUCAUAAAAGUACAUUUGCUAUUCACUACAGCAGCACUGUUUCCUUGCUAGCUGCACUUGUGGAAAAAUUCCUGCAUUGUGCAGACUGCUUUGUGCUACCUCCUCUCUGCUAACCCAGAUGUGUGAUAACCCAGCAGGCCAGACUCCAGUCUGAGAAUCGGAUGUCAGGAAUGACACCUGAAGAGACAAGUACCUGCUCAAUAUCCCAGGCCCUCAGAAGGGACAUCCAGACUUUUCACCAGCCCACUCAUACAUGUGCCUUCAUAGGCAGAUCCCGCCUUCCCUCCAUCCUGAACCAGGACAUCCAGUGACAAUCAGGCCAGCUACUGCUAACAUAGAAAAUCUCCCUUGGAAGGUGUCGGGUAUUUGAAAGUCAUAAGUAAUGAGGUGUAACCACUAACAAAUCCACUCAGUGGUUUGAUGUAAUAUGAACGUGCUAAACCUGAAAGGAGUCACAUAGUGCAGACUGUAGAUAGACACACCCAUGGAUGCUUUUCAAAGCUGGAAACUCCUCUGCUUGCUAAGUUGACAGUAUUUCAACAAAAUGUGCUUGUUUUAUCUUUUACGACUGAGUACUCAAAAGAUCCAGCAAAAUGUGUUACAUGUGUGAAAUUAUGGUAGUUGGUGCUCACCACAUCUGUCUGUAAGUUUUGAAGAAUCAUUUCUUUUUAUGCAUAUGACUGGAAUUGAAGGCUUGAAAAGAAACUCUUGUUUAGGCUUUGAAGUCAGUGGGAGGUUUAUCUCCAUUUCAGUAGGACCAAGAUUUUGCAUUGUUUCUUUUCCCAUGAUGAUAGGGACUCUUGCCAUGACUUCAGGUAAAGAACUUCAGGCUAAUUUUAGCUAAAGAAAUAAAAAGACUUUAUGACACGAUUCAUGAGAAUUGUAAAUGUUUCAGCUCAUUUUUGGAACACUGUUAGUUUUAAGGAUUCCUCUUUACUGAAUGAUUGUUUUGUCAUGUAUUUACAGGGGACUUAGCAUAACCUAGAGGACUGCCAUGGGUAAUUCCUGAAAAGAUUCAAACAAAUGCUAACUUGGAUAUUUGGGUUUGAAAUGUUACAAGAGAAACGUGAUGACCUGGAAUAUUUUGUCACUUCUGCUUUGUGUUUGACUACUAGAAAAAUUACUUGAAGCAUUUAAUUAUUCUGUUUAAAUAGGUUGUGGCAUUAUUAUGUGUACUUAAAUUAUUACAAAAAAAUAGCUACUUGUAAGCCCUUCUUUUUAACUUCAUUAGUAUGUAUAGAUACAAGUCAAGCGAUUGUAUUGUGGUAGAGAUUGCUGUAACGGGUUAUGUUUUU